UCAAAAUAUUUGGGCUGUGAAAAUUAGACAUCUUUGCUUUGGUAUAAUCAUGAUAUGCUUUAGCUGCUGUAGAGAAGAUGAAAUUCAACACACAUCUGAUGGUACAAGCCCUUUUAUGCCAAAUGCGCACCUGACAGGAAAUGAUGGAAUCUACAAGAGUGCAGACACAGCUUUCAAGGGUAAUCAAAGCAUAAAACCUCAGCCUAUUGCUGUCCCUGAGAUUACAGUGGAGGAAUUGAGGGAGGCAACAGAUAAUUUUGGAGAGAAAUCAUUGAUCGGAGAGGGUUCUUAUGGUCGAGUAUAUCAUGCAACUUUAAGAAAUGGCCGUGUGACGGCAAUUAAGAAGUUAGAUUCUAGCAAACAACCAGAUCAGGAAUUACUUGCACAGGUUUCCAUGGUUUCAAGGUUGAAACAUGAAAAUGUGGUGGAACUUGUUGGGUAUUGUGUUGAUGGGAUUCUUAGAACACUUGCAUAUGAGUUUGCAACAAUGGGAUCACUUCAUGACAUCCUUCAUGGCAGGAAAGGUGUAAAAGGAGCACAACCAGGUCCAGUUCUCUGUUGGAUGGAACGAGUGAAAAUCGCAGUAGGAUCUGCAAAAGGGCUUGAGUAUCUCCAUGAAAAGUUACAACCACCAAUAAUUCACCGUGAUAUUAAGUCAAGCAAUGUCUUACUUUUUGAUGACUACUUGGCAAAGAUUGCUGAUUUUGAUCUGUCUAAUCAAGCUCCUGACAUGGCUGCACGACUUCAUUCCACUCGUGUCCUUGGAACAUUUGGUUAUCAUGCUCCAGAAUAUGCACUGACAGGACAACUUAGUCAAAAGAGUGAUGUUUACAGCUUUGGUGUUGUACUUCUAGAGCUGUUGACGGGGAGAAAGCCAGUUGAUCAUACAUUGCCACGUGGUCAGCAGAGUCUUGUAACUUGGGCAACUCCAAGACUUAGUGAGGACAAAGUGAAGCAAUGUGUGGAUCCAAGGUUGAAAGGAGACUAUCCACCUAAAGCAAUUGCCAAGAUGGCAGCAGUUGCUGCCUUGUGUGUACAGUAUGAAGCUGAUUUUCGCCCAAACAUGAGUAUUGUCGUCAAAGCUCUCCAACCUCUGUUGAAUGCAAGACCUGCUCAUGCUAAUGACAGUCCAUCUAUGUAAUCUGCACCAUGUAUCAAAAUAUAUUAUUCCUUACACUAAGACUGAUUAUGUGAGAUAUUCUUUUUUUUGUUCUUGUACAAACAGGUAUAUAUUUUCUGAAUUGCUUCAGAAUAUUUGGACCCAAAACAUAAGUGAUGAAAAUAAUUUGAUUAUGAAUUAUUUGAGACUGAAGGAAAUCUCAAAAGACAGCAAAUAUCACCUGAACAUGUGCAGUUGAAGGCCUGUAAUUCAAUUGCAAUGUUUUUCCUAUUGUUUCCUUUUCAUUACCAUGUUUGUACAUAUAUUUACACUUAAUUUAUAAUGUGUCAUAAGAAAGUUGAUUCCAUGACCUAAAAGUGCUUUGGGUUGGAUUGAUAGACCUAUACUCAAAUUGCAGCAUAAUGGAACUUUAAAUUGUCUCA